AUGUUUGGAAAUUUUGGAAAGAGCGGCAACAACCCGAGAUCAGGCAGCUCAAACACCACUGCUUCAAAUCCUAGAUCGAAAGGAUUUGGUGGAAACCAGAAGCAGAACAACUGGGGCUCCAAUCCCAGAUCUGGAGGGUAUAAUAACCAGAAGAAAAACUAUAGCUCCUCAGGAAAGUUUAAUAACCCCCGUUCUGGAGGUUUCAAUAAGUCAAACCCUCGUUCUGGUGGUGGAGGUUUUCAUAACCAAAAGCAAGGGUUCCAACAUUCUAACCCGAGAAGUGGUGGCGGCUUCGGCGGAGGAUCUAAAGGCGGAUCCUUCUUUGGUAAAAGCUCUUCAAUGGCGGAAAGCGACAAUGACCCAGGAUUCAUCGAUGUUGAGGAAGACUAUUUUGGUAUUAAUAGUGGAAAUGGCAAGGCUAGUAACCCAAGAUUCUCUACUAGACCAAGUACCAUGGAGACUGAGAUGACCAGAGGAAUGUCAAAAAGAUCAAGUUAUAUGGACACCGAGUUGUCAAGAGGCAUGUCUAAGCGUCCUAGUUAUAUGGACACAGAACUUUCGAGAGGAAUGUCUAAGAGACCAAGCUAUAUGGACACAGAAGGCUCAGGCAAGAAAGGAUCUUCAUUCUUUGGCAAAAAUCAACAACAACACGGAGCACCUUUCUUUGGAGGAGGCUCUGGAUCAAGUAACUCCAGAAGUUUUAAUCCAAGAGCAGGAAAUUCUCAAGGCUUUAACUCAGGAUCUAGUGGAGGUUCAAUGUUCUCAAAUCAAAGAUCUGGGGGAUCUCAAGGCUUCAAUCCAAGAUCUGGUGGAUCACAAGGAUUCAAUCCCAGGUCUGGAGGAUCUCAGGGGUUUAACCCUAGGUCUGAUCAGCAGUCAGCACAUCAGCCUGGACUUCAGAGAGGAAUUAGUGGAAUCAUUGGUAGCUCAAGAGAUACUUCAGGUCUCAUAUUAGGAGUCUCCAAUUCAGGCUCAGGAGGGAGCAUCUUUGGAGGAGCUAGUGCAGCAAAAAAUGUCAUGAAACUAACAGAGAUGCUCGGAGAAGAUCAAAUUGUUUCCGGAAACAAAGAUGAAGGUAAAGGAAAUAAUUCUGAAGAACCUCCGAAAAUAGUUGAAACUGAUAUUUCUAUUCUCAUGCUUGAUAUGGGAUUCAAGAGCCUGCAGUCCAAGAUAUACUCAGAUGAGAACCAAGAGCUCGAAGGAGAUGGAUUAUUCUCAUACUCUCCUCCUACACUUCAGCAGGCUGGAUUUUAAUAUACAAAAAUAGA